UCAAGGUGGAGCUGUUUUCUAGACAAAAUGGAUUUCAAAGUGUUUCUUCUUUGCUUUGUCUCUUUACUAGUGACAUCAAGCUGCCAAAAUUACUGCAGAGACUUGGCUAGUGUUCAAUCUACAGGAGAAGCCCAGUGCUGCUCAGGUGGCUCAUGCUGUCAUGAUGCCAGCGACUCUGGUCCAGCUUGUUGCUGUGAUGAGCAAUGCUUCCAAUAUAAAGAUUGUUGUCUUGAUAUUCAAAAAAUAGGCUGCGACCCUCCUAGUGGACAGAGCCUUCCUAAAUUUUGUGACAAAUAUCCAGAUAUUUUCACUUGCACUGCAGAGGGCUUGACCAAUGGCUGCUGUGAAGAAAACUGCACCGUGAGCAGUCCUUCUGGCCCUUGUUGCUCCUGUGAUGUGGAUUGCUAUGUGAGAGAUAACUGCUGCAGUGAUAUUCAAACUAUUGGAUGCUAUUGCAUUAAUUCUUGUAAGCCUUAUGGGUUCUCAGGCUGCUGUACUGAUAAUCUACCCGACUGUCAUACAAAUUGUGAUGAUUACUGCUUCUGUGAUGAAAACUGUCACUAUCGGGGUGACUGCUGCUCAGAUAUAGAAGAGAUAAAUUGCAGAUCACCUCUAACGGCUGAACCAAUAUACAAUUGUGAAUCCGAGAGAUUUCAAAAUAUACUUUGGCCACAGACUUUGAUUAAUGAAACUGCUCACGUUGGUUGUGGCACCUUUAUAGACAGAAUUGGUUCAUUCUCAAGAUACUGUGCUGGUGACAAAGAGUGGAAUAAUGCAGUCAUAAACACAUGUAGGUCAAAAGCCCUUGAAAAGAGUCGCAACCAACUACAAGGAAUUUUUAAUGGUACACUCGUGCUAAGUAUUGAAGACCGGAAUCAACUUAUUGAUGAAGCAGUCCAGCAUUCUAAAACUAUUUCUAGCCAUUCUAAUGAUACACAGAAUUUUCCACUUGACAUUGCACUCAUGAAUGAUAUCCUUUACUUGACUUUUAGGAUACUAUUCAAAGAAGACAAUGAAACCUCAUUUGAAUCAAUUCAAGAGGACCUCCUUGACAUCAUUGAUAAUCUUUUAAACAGCAAUUAUAGUGGUACUUGGAGUUUUUUAAGCAGUGGAAAUGGUGAAGGCGAUGCUAGACUGCUAAUAGAUAAUAUUGAGCAGUACGGUGAGUUUAGUGGCCAGUACUUAUUAGGGGAGGACUCACUGCAAACACAAUUGUUGAACAAAACAAAUAUUGAUAUGCAGUUUAGUUUUUUAACAGUGAAUAGUGAAGAAUACACUGUUCCUCUGCCACUGUCAGAUGAUAUCAGUCAAAGUGGUUCUGCAGUGCUAGAAUUACCAAAAUCAGAUUUGUUCACUGAUGAGUCAAAAGUUGUUGUUGUUAAUUCUUUUAUAAAGAAUAUUGGAGGGUUCUUGUUAUCCUCUGCAGGACUUUCAGAGGAGGCUGGUUCCAAUGUUGUGACUGCUCAGGUUUUUACAAGCCAACAGCAAGUUCAAACUGGAAUAAUAUUGAACUUCACCACAAAAGCAUUAAUUAAAGAUGUAGAGCCUAAAUGUGUAUUCUGGAACCACACUUUGGGUAAUUGGUCCAGUGAAGGAAUAAGUACAGUUAGCAUCACAAGGAUCAGUACCAAUCCUUUUCAGUACAAUGUGGUCUGCAGUAGCUCUCACACUACACCAUUUGUUGUACUAGUGGACUCACAAGAUUCUGUCACUGAAAUCCCUCCGGAAGAGAAUUUAGCUCUUGAGAUAUUUUCAUACAUUGGUAUUACUAUAUCUAGUGUUUGCUUGUUUCUGGGAAUAAUUGCAUUGCUAACACUCCGCAAAGAGCUAAUCAAGAGUGUGCAAUUCUUUAUUCAUUUUAAUUUAAGCAUUGCACUACUGAUAGCCUAUCUCAUUUAUUUGUUCUUCAUAGAUGACAAAUUUUUUAAUGUGACACAGUCCAAGGCUGGGUGUGCUGUAGUAGCAGUUUUUCUUCACUAUUUCUUCAUUGCUAGUUUUUCAUGGAUGUUAUGUGAAGGAAUUAUGCUGUUCCUUCUGUUAGUGGUUGUGUUUUCGGCUAUUUCCAAAAGGUGGUACAUAUUUCUUCUAAUUGGAUGGGGUUUACCAUUAAUUCCAGUAAUUGUGUCUGUAAGUGUAAUUCACGACUCUUAUGGAGUGCAAGGAAGAUUUUGCUGGCUUGAUCCUAAUAAAAAAGGAGCAACUUGGGCUUUUAUCGGCCCGAUGAUUCUGUGUCUUCUGGCUAAUAUAUUUUUCCUGGGCGCAUCAGUGAGGGCUCUCUUUCAUUAUCACAAAAGAAAUUUUCAGGACAAAAAGGAAUCAGAAAAAAGCCGUUCGAUUUUCAAGAGUACUAUUGGCGGGGCAGUUACCUUGAUACCUCUUCUUGGGGUUACUUGGAUCAUAGGCCUCUUCUCUGUAAAUUCAAAGACAACCAUCUUUGCUUGGCUUUUUGUUUUUUUUGCAAGUACACAGGGAUUUUUCAUCUUUGUUGUUAACAUUGCAAGAAAUCCAAAGAUAAAAGACUCUGUUAUGGCAUGCUUCUGCAAAAAGAGAGCACAGCGUAGGAAAAAUCAAGCCACGAAUUUGAUACGAACCAAUUCAACUAGAGAAAGAAAAUUAAGUCGUUUAGUGACAGACUCAUCAUUCAGAUCCGCUGCUGAUUAGUGAUGAAGAGUGAAAAAAAAUUGUACAGGAAUAAUAAAAAUAUAACUU